AUGUCAGCCACUCACACAAGUCUAGACGCUGCUUCAGUCGACCGCAAAGCCCGCCUCGCGAAACUCGCCUCGCUCAAGCGCAAACAGCCCGUCACCGAGGAAACACCACUAGAUAACCAAGACUACCAACCCUCCAAGACCGACGCAUAUUUGUCUGGCCGGAACUAUGAUGUAGCCACCAAGGGCGCCAAACUCGGCUUUGAGAACAAUCCCUCCGCCGCCGUCGAGACAAUUGAGGCCCGGGCAGAGCGCAUUGCCACCACUACCGCCGAACAAGCAGCCAAAGACGAAGCCGCAGCGGAGAAGGGGAUUGACCUAUUCAAACUCCAACCCAAGAAGCCUAAUUGGGAUCUAAAACGAGACCUUGCGGAAAAGAUGAAGGUUGUGGAUGUUCGAACCCAAAAUGCCAUUGCCCGACUGGUUAGAGAUAGAAUCGAGAACGCAAAGAAGGAGGCCUUGGCUAAAGGAAACGCGGUGCAAGACGGCCAUCAAGGCGAAGAGGUCGGCAUCGAGGGCAACACCCUAGUGGAAAGUAUUCAUUUACGAGAGAAAGAAGAGCAAAAGGAAACAGAAGAGGAAGAUGACGACCCUGAAAUACCCUGA